GACUGUUCAAUGCGCAACAGUCAAAACUUGGCGACAGUGUAUUGUGAAAGAAAAAGAAGAAGAUAAAUAUUUAUCAGACGGACGCGUUUUUCUUACAACAUUUUUAGCAUAAAAACAACAUAAUUUCGAAUAUUUUGUGUUUUGGUGUUGAAAAAGUACAAAAGGGUGGCAAAAAUGAGUGAUCCGGAUAUGCUGUACGGGACAACCUUGUCCGUAGAGUCGAUAAAGGUGAUAGCAGAGAGUAUUGGCGUUGGGGCACUCCCGGAUGGUGCAGCCAAGGAGCUUGCCGAUGACAUUUCCUACAAACUCAAACAGGUCGUUCAGGAUGCCGUGAAAUUCAUGCAUCACGCGAAGAGGACGAAACUAUCCAUGGGGGACAUUGACUACUCCCUCAAAGUGCGCAACAUUGAGCCCCAAUAUGGGUUUUUCUCAAAAGACUCCGUGCCCUUUCGCUUUGCUUCCGGUGGUGGUCGUGAAUUGCACUUUGUGGAAGAGAAGGAGCUUGAUUUGGUUGAUAUAAUUCAAGCACAACCGCCAAAGAUUCCCCUGGAAGUCUCCCUGCGGACACACUGGCUCUGUGUUGAUGGUGUACAGCCAACAGUGCCGGAAAACCCUCCGCCAUUGUCAAAGGAAAAUCAACAGCUUGACUCUGUGAAUCCCAUCAAGAAGUUGGAGAAGACUAAUGCCAGGGAUACUGCUGGAAAGCCCACCACGGGCAAGACGCACAAACUGAAGAAUGUGGAGACGGUACACGUGAAGCAAUUGGCCACACAUGAGCUCUCAGUUGAGCAGCAAUUGUACUACAAAGAGAUCACGGAAGCCUGCGUGGGAUCUGAUGAAGUGCGGCGUACUGAAGCCCUUCAGUCCCUUUCCUGCGAUCCGGGACUGCACGAAAUGCUUCCCCGGAUGUGUACCUUCAUUGCUGAAGGUGUCAAAGUUAAUGUGGUACAAAAUAAUCUCGCCCUUCUCAUCUAUUUGAUGCGAAUGGUCAAGGCGCUCCUGGACAACUCCUCACUGUACCUCGAAAAGUAUCUCCAUGAGCUAAUACCGUCCGUGUCUACGUGUAUUGUUUCCCGACAACUCUGUAUGCGUCCCGAAUUGGACAAUCAUUGGGCCCUGAGGGACUUUGCAGCACGUCUCAUGGCUCAAAUUUGCAAAAACUUCAACACAUCGACGAAUAAUCUUCAAACCAGGGUCACAAGGCUCUUCAGUCAGGCGCUGCAGAAUGACAAGACACACCUCUCAUCGUUGUACGGAGCAAUUGCAGGGCUGUCGGAGUUGGGAAGUGAAGUAAUCAAAGUUUUCAUUAUUCCUCGAUUAAAAUUCAUCUCAGAGAGGAUUGAGCAGCAUCUCCAGGGAGCUAAUAUCAGCAAUACAGAUAAAAUUGCAGCUGGACACAUACGAGCAAUGCUUCAGAAAGUCAGUGCGCCAGUCCUCAAAACAAUUCGUAGUGCCCCUGAUGUCGUGGAGGACUACAAGAGAGACUAUGGAUUUUUAGGUCCAACACUUCAUCAGGCUGUUGUUAAGGCUCGUAGUGCACCACCAGCUCCCACAGUGACUACCCCACCAAACAAUAACAGUGUGACAAUCGUUACAACACCAAUUGCACCCUCAAUCCCUCGCCCACACAUCCCGCAGGUCAUCAAUCAGCAGAGAAUUGGAGGAUUCAGCAACCAAAGUGGAAGUUCAACAAUUUCCCGACAAUCCUCCCAAUCUGGUGGCUCAGAACAGUCCCAGCAGAAAUUUGUGAUUGUCACCCAAAGACCAAACACACCACAAACGGUGCAAUCCACUCAGGUGUUCACUCUCAGCAAUUCAACAGUCACGCACGUUCCAGCUCCGCCGGAACUCGAUGAUUUGUCACAUUUAGAGUAAGAAAGAAAUUUUUUCAUUUCCCUGUAUUUCAUUUAAUGUGUAUAAUAAACAGGCCGCUUAUAUAA